AUGUGCGGGGAGAAGAGGUGCCUAGAACUGAAAAAGUGUUUUUGUCUGUCUCUUCAAAACAUAGAUAAAAACAAAAACUUCAUCUUGAAGCGUUUUCUCGGUGACACAGUAGACUGUACAAACUCGUUGCCGAAUCCUUCUGAAUUAUUCCUUGAUCUUUCAGAAAUCGUCGGUCCCGAUGACCCCAAAAGCCGUGAAUUGGAAGUUUCCAAAUUGAACCAGAGUGGUGGUGUUGAUGGUGGUGGUGGUGGUGAUGAUGAUCAUGAUGCCGACAGUGACUCGGACAUUUCACGCCUUUUUUUGCCAGACGACUUUUAUCAAGAGGAUCUACGGGAGUUUGAUGGCCUGUCAGAAGGCCAUUCGUGUCAGCUUUCUGACAUAGUUUUAGAUUCGGAUAUCGGCCUUUGUCCCCCACCAUGUCCACGUUCAAGGCCCCCUUGUCCACUCAUACGCCAACCUUUGCAUUUUGUUGUCGACGACACCUUCGAUAGAAUCACAAAGUUGAAAAUGAAAUUUGCCGAGGUGAAAGCCAAAAUCCAACUAAACAAAAUAAAACAGUUUUUAGGAGAAUUCUACAAAGACAGCGAUGAUGGUGGUAAAGAUUUCAAGUAUGGCCGGCAAUUGGUUCAUCUAGCCCACCGUGAGCAGGUCGAAUUGACAAUAGACUUGGAGGAUGUAGCGGAAGUGGAUCCAGACUUGGCAGAGGCCAUUGUUGAAAACACCAGAAGAUACACCAAUUUAUUUGCUGAUGCAGUGUAUGAAAUGAUGCCAGACUACAAAGAGAAAGAGAUUGUCAACAAAGAUUCCCUUGAUGUGUACAUCGAACAUCGUUUAAUGAUGGAGCAGAGGUUGCGAGGAGGAAGACAGAAUGAAACUGAAGAAAGAGAUGCUAGAAAUAAGUAUCCUCCAGAGCUGAUGAGAAGAUAUGAAAUCCAUUUUAAGGCGCCUUCAACUCAGAAACCUAUGGCGACACGUGAUGUUAAAGCCGAUAGCAUCGGUAAACUGGUUGUAGUGCGUGGUAUUGUAACGCGGUGCACCGAAGUGAAACCUAUGAUGACCGUGGCUACAUAUACGUGUGAUCAGUGCGGGGCAGAAACAUACCAAGUUAUAAAUUCACCAACAUUUAUGCCAUUAUUGACCUGCCCAAGCCAAGAGUGUACCACCAAUAAGUCUGGUGGACGACUGUAUCUUCAGACUAGGGGAUCCAAAUUCACGAAGUUCCAGGAAGUGAAGAUCCAAGAACAUAGUGAUCAAGUACCAGUCGGUAACAUUCCUCGUAGCAUAACGAUUCACUGUCGAGGUGAAACGACAAGACAGUGUGGACCUGGAGACCAUAUCAGUGUCACAGGACUAUUUCUCCCAAUGCUGAAAACUGGAUUCAGACAAAUGGCACAGGGUCUUCUCUCCGAGACAUAUCUGGAAGCAAAUAGAAUUGUUACUAUGAAUAAAACACAAGAUGAUGAACUUACAGCUAAAGAGUUGUCAGAAGAAGAAAUCAGACAGAUAGCUGGUAAGAAAUGUCAUGUUUAUGUCAUAUAUGUUUAUCAGUAA